AUGUAUGUGCAUGCUAAUGGCUCAUGGGUUUGGCAUAUAUUCUUCCAUGUUUAUGAACAAUAUCACAGGGGGCAGUUCAUCUUUGAUAAUUGUGUUUGGGUGGUCUGUUGUCAUCAGGCCAUUGUUGGUUUUACCAUGGGUACCAUGUGUAGCCUACUCUCUAAUCAUAUUGCCAUAUUUGCAGUUAUCUAUGGAAUAUUCCUUGGUCUUGGUGAAGUUGCAAAAACCAGUCCCAUGGCUGUCCACAGACAAUUCUACAGCAUUGCAGCUGCAGUUGGAAAAGUUGGAGCAUUCAUUGGAUCAUGGGUCUUCCCACAAAUUGUUGAUGCCUUUGGUGGUUCACAAACUGCAAAGGGCAAUACUGGUCCAUUCUGGAUUGGUAGUGGCCUCACCAUUCUCAGUGCAGUGGUGACAUUUUUCUUGGUAAAGCCAAUUACAGAUGAUGGUUUGAAAGCUGAAGACAAAGCUUACCUGGAAGAGAAUGGAUUUGAUGUGAGCCAUAUAUGGACAUGGGAGACACUAACUGAGGAAGUGAGGUAUAAUGAGAUGGUCAAGCAGCAAUUGCAUGAUGAUGAACUUGCAGUACUACCUACAUAG